GUACAGAGUAGUACUAGUUGUCUAGUAGUGUAGUACUAGUACUUGACAAAGUAUUUAGUAUCAUGGAAGUACAGAGUAGUACUAGUUGUCUAUUAGUGUAGUACUAGUACUUGACAAAGUAUUUAGUAUCAUGGAAGUACAGAGUAGUACUAGUUGUCUAGUAGUGUAGUACUAGUACUUGACAAAGUAUCAUGGAAGUACAGAGUAGUACUAGUUGUCUAGUAGUGUAGUACUAGUACUUGACAAAGUAUUUAGUAUGAUGGAAGUACAGAGUAGUACUAGUUGUCUAGUAGUGUAGUACUAGUACUUGACAAAGUAUCAUGGAAGUACAGAGUAGUACUAGUUGUCUAUUAGUGUAGUACUAGUACUUGACAAAGUAUUUAGUAUCAUGGAAGUACAGAGUAGUACUAGUUGUCUAGUAGUGUAGUACUAGUACUUGACAAAGUAUUUAGUAUCAUGGAAGUACAGAGUAGUACUAGUUGUCUAGUAGUGUAGUACUAGUACUUGACAAAGUAUUUAGUAUCAUGGAAGUACAGAGUAGUACUGAAACAAGUGCCCCCCCGCACCCUGGCUGUCAGCGUGAUGUGGUUUCCUGUCAGGAGGCGGGACCAAGGCGAGGCGGUCUAGGUGGCUGGUGAUUGGUCCAAAGUGUUGUGCUGCGAGGCGGGAGAGGCAGGUAAGCAGCUGAUUGGCUGAGCAGAAGAGGAGAUGAGAAGACAAGAGGACGUGCAGGUGAGUCACUUCCUGUGUGAGGCCAUGGCGCUAAGUGUUCUCUCCAUGGACGUCCCGCUGAUGCUGGCGCUCACCAUGAUGCUGUGUGGCGUGCUGCUGGCGCUGGCGUGUGUGGACUGCUGGAGGAACGCACCGCUGGUUUCCAUCCGGGAAGACAUCGCCACAGACGAGUACAUCCUCUCCACCGAGUUCCCGCCCGCACCGCCACAUGUCCUGAUGACCUCCCCGACCUCUGACCGGCUCUCACCUAUGGCUCCGCCUCCAGACGCUGUCAGUGGGAGCGAGCGAGGAUGCGUGACGCCCACACAAAGCGAAAGUAACGCCAGCUACGAGAACUCCCACGCAGGACUGGACUACCCAGAAUGCUUUGCUGAGGACUACGUCCUGGUCUUGCCCGAUGUCUCCACCAAUCAGAGCGCAGCCUCCACGCCCAGCUCAGGUGUGCGCCACGAAUACGUCAACGUCCCCGCGGAUGAGUGGAGGGAACCUUCUGGAAGCUCGCCGCUCCGAGCCAUGGAGCGUCUCUUCUUGUCGGACGACAGGGAGUAUCUGGACGUCACGCCACAGAGCGCUGACUCAACAGGAAGUGCAUCAGGAGAAACGUCCACGCUGUCGUCUCAGAGCGAAGACGACGAGGCCAACUACGUCAACCAACCCGGCGCACGCAUGUAGGGGGCGGAGUCACACGCGGUGACCAGCCAGCCCAGUGCAUGAUGGGAAGGAGACUGCAAGCUGAGCAAAAAUCUGACAACUCCUGAGAAUGUUUUCACACUAUUAAAUGUCAACAAUA